GGCGAGCGGCAUUUAAGGCGCCGCCACCUCCCCAGCCAGCGGCUGAACCUCCGCCGCCGCCACCGCCGCCGCCGGACCAGACCCUCUCCGCCCUCCCACCCGCGCCAGCCGCGACCGGGAUUCCACCGCGUCAUGGGCCAGAAAACACCCCGAAUUUACUCUGUGGAGCUCAAUGGAGCCAAAGACAUGAAGCAAACAGACAAGGGGGAUGGCAAGGAUAAGUACAGGGGCCUGCAGGAUAACUGCUUGGAACUCAGAAAGAAUCAGCGCCAAGAGCAUCUGACAAAAGAAAUUGAUCUGGAUGACCACAAGCUCAGCAAUAAGGAAUUGGAAACUAAAUAUCAUACAAAUAUUGUUACGGGUCUCUCCAGCACCCAGGCUGCUGAGCUCCUGGCUCGAGAUGGGCCCAACGCCCUCUCCCCUCCCAAGGAAACUCCGGAGAUUAUCAAGUUCCUGAAGCAGAUGGUGGGAGGCUUCUCCAUCCUUCUGUGGGCGGGAGCCAUUCUGUGCUGGAUUGCAUAUGGAAUUCAGUACUCUAGCGAUAAGUCAUCAUCCCUAGACAAUGUGUACUUGGGCACCGUGCUCGCGCUGGUUGUCAUAUUAACAGGAAUCUUUGCUUACUACCAAGAAGCCAAGAGCACCAACAUCAUGGCCAGCUUCAGUAAGAUGAUCCCACAGCAAGCGCUUGUCAUUCGAGAUUCAGAGAAGAAGAUAAUUCCUGCAGAGCAGCUGGUGGUGGGAGACAUAGUGGAGAUUAAAGGAGGAGACCAGAUCCCUGCAGACAUCAGGCUGCUGUUUGCCCAGGGAUGCAAGGUUGACAACUCAUCUCUCACUGGGGAGUCUGAGCCCCAGUCCCGCUCCUGUGAGUUCACCCAUGAUGACCCCCUGGAGACAAAGAACAUUGGCUUCUAUUCAACAACCUGUCUGGAAGGCACAGCAACUGGCAUGGUCAUCAACACGGGUGACCGCACCAUCAUUGGUCAGAUCGCCUCACUGGCUUCAGGAGUUGGGAAUGAGAAGACACCCAUCGCCAUCGAGAUCAAGCACUUCGUUCACAUUGUGGCAGGAGUGGCCAUCUCCAUCGGCGUCCUUUUCUUCAUCAUUGCGGUGUCCAUGAAGUACCGUGUCCUGGACUCCAUCAUCUUUCUCAUUGGCAUCAUUGUGGCCAAUGUACCUGAGGGCCUCCUGGCCACUGUCACUGUGACUCUGUCACUGACAGCAAAACGGAUGGCUAAGAAGAACUGCCUGGUGAAGAACCUGGAGGCAGUGGAGACACUAGGUUCCACCUCCAUCAUUUGCUCAGACAAGACGGGGACUCUGACCCAGAACAGGAUGACCGUGGCCCAUCUGUGGUUUGACAAUCAGAUCUUUAUGGCUGACACCAGUGAAGACCAGUUGAAGCAAGCCUUUGAUCAAAGCUCUGGAACCUGGGCCUCAUUAUCAAAGAUAAUUGCACUGUGUAACCGAGCAGAGUUCAGACCAGGACAGGAAAGAGUCCCCAUCAUGAAGAGAGUUGUGGUUGGAGAUGCCUCAGAAACUGCUCUUUUGAAAUUCUCAGAGGUGGUUUUGGGUGAUGUGAUGGAAAUUAGAAAAAGAAACCACAAAGUAGCAGAAAUCCCUUUUAACUCAACCAACAAAUUUCAGCUCUCCAUACAUAAGACAGAUGACCCCAUUGACAAGCGCUUCCUCAUGGUGAUGAAAGGGGCCCCUGAGAAGGUCUUAGAGAAGUGCAGCACCAUCAUGGUCAAUGGCCAGGAGCAGCCUCUGAACAAUAGUACAGCUGAGGCCUUCUACACUGCAUACAUGGAACUGGGAGGUCUAGGGGAGCGUGUUCUGGGUUUCUGUCAUCUCUACCUGCCAGCAGACGAGUUUCCAGAAACCUAUUCAUUUGAUGUCGAUGCCAUGAACUUUCCCAUGUCCGAUCUCUGUUUUGUGGGACUCUUGUCAAUGAUUGAUCCCCCUCGGUCCACUGUCCCGGAUGCAAUCACCAAAUGUCGGAGUGCGGGGAUCAAGGUGGGAUCCACAUCCUGCCCAGAAGGGUGUUUCAGCCAAAGAUCUGGCCUUUGGCUUCAUCCAGUUCCUUCUGACCUUUCUAGGGAUGCUAAGGCUGCGGUGGUGACUGGCAUGGAGCUGAAGGACAUGAGUGAGGACCAGUUGGAUGAGGUUUUAACCAGCUACCCAGAGAUUGUUUUUGCCCGAACAUCCCCCCAGCAGAAGCUGAUUAUUGUGGAGGGCUGCCAGAGGCAGGAUGCAGUUGUUGCUGUGACUGGUGAUGGAGUGAAUGACUCUCCGGCUCUAAAGAAGGCAGAUAUUGGGAUUGCCAUGGGGAUAGCAGGUUCAGAUGCUGCCAAAAAUGCAGCUGACAUGGUCUUGCUGGAUGACAACUUCGCAUCCAUAGUCACCGGGGUGGAGGAAGGUCGCCUGAUCUUUGACAACCUCAAGAAGACCAUCGCGUACACCCUGACCAAGAACAUCGCUGAACUGUGCCCCUUUCUGAUCUACAUCAUUGUUGGGGUGCCCCUGCCCUUAGGCACCAUCACCAUCUUGUUCAUCGACUUGGGCACAGACAUUGUUCCGUCCAUCGCCUUAGCUUAUGAGAAAGCUGAAAGUGACAUUAUGAAUAGGAAGCCUCGCCACAAGAAGAAGGAUCGACUGGUGAACAAGCCGCUUGCCGUCUACUCUUAUCUGCACAUAGGUAUCAUGCAGUCCCUGGGAGCUUUUCUUGUGUAUUUCACCGUGUAUGCACAGGAGGGCUUUAGACCCAGCACCCUCAUUAACCUCCGGGUGGAAUGGGAGAAGGACUCUGUGAACAACUUGGAAGAUAGCUAUGGACAAGAAUGGACACGUUACCAGAGGAAAUACCUAGAAUGGACAGGCUACACAGCUUUCUUUAUUGGCAUCAUGGUCCAGCAAAUAGCAGAUCUGAUCAUCAGGAAAACCCGGAGGAAUUCCAUCUUCCAGCAGGGUCUCUUCAGAAAUAAAGUAAUCUGGGUGGGGAUUGCCUCCCAGAUUAUCAUCGCUCUGAUCCUCUCCUAUGGCCUCGGAAGCAUCACAGCCCUGAAUUUCACCAUGCUCCGGCCUCAGUACUGGUUUGUGGCUGUGCCCCACGCCAUUCUCAUCUGGGUGUACGACGAGGUGCGGAAACUUUUUAUCAGACUCUACCCUGGAAGCUGGUGGGAUAAGAACAUGUAUUAUUAAGACCACCUACUUCCCAAGCCUCCCACCAGAACACCAGGACAUUCCUCUCCAUCUCCUGGCCACAUCCGGGACAUCAUCAGAAUACAUUCAGGAGAAGCCAGAAAACUGUAGGAAAGACACUACCAGAUGUUUAUACUGUAAAGCAGAGAUUUGACUAUUUAUAUAUGAUUUUCAUUUAUAUAUACACUUCCUUAUAUAAAAGAAUGUGAAUUUCAAGGUAAUGUAUGUGGAAAACUGAUGUAUUUAUAUGUAUACUAGAGGCCUGGUGCACGGAUUCAUGUACAUUGAAAGGAAAUUAAUUAGAAGAAAUAUUUUAGAGGCUGGGGAGGGACUGCAGGAGGUUGGCUCCAGGGCAUGCCCAGCCCAUCUCGUCCAGUCCCGAUUGGCCAGUCCCCAGCAGCAAGCUAACCUAGCAGUCAGAGCAUCUGCCCCCUGGUGGUCAGUGUGCAUCCUAGCGACCGGUCAAAUGGUUGAACAGUCGGACACUUAGCAUAUUAGGCUUUUAUUAUAUAGGAUAAAGCUCACUCCCAUGAAAUAGUCUUAGGUAAUCCAGAAAUCUGCUGGGGUCUCUCUGCUCCCUUAACUCUCAUAGGAUUGCUCGGACCUCCAUUCCAUACCAUCUUAAAACUUCAAUGACCUCCCAAAGAUUUCUCUGAAUUCCCAGAGAACUUAUAUUUUCAUACCUACCUUGCUCAAAAGAGGCCAGUGCAGCUGAAGGUUUGCAAGAUAUGGAAGUGAUGGUAGGUUUACAUCACAAAAACAAGGACAACCUCAGUUGUGACUCUGAGAUGUCCUUCUUAAAGGUUCCCAGCCACCUAGCUGCAUCACCUCAACCAUCCUUGGUGUUCUCCCUCCUACCAGUGUGACCGCCCCCACUCCAUCCCAUGCUGCCCUCCACCCCUACCACCAACUACUCCAAAACGGAACUUCAAGUUCAUUUUGCAUAUCCUGUUCCAGAUGCUCUCCUGACUCAAAGGUAUUUUUAUUUCCCAGGAUUCAUUCUCAAGUAGAGAACUAUUGUUGUUUAAAACAGUAAUAUUUAUUUCUUGUAAAACAGUUGCAAAGCACCCUCCAGCACUCAUUUUAUAUCUCUCAUGUUUCAUGCCUUAACUUAGAUUUAUUCAGGUGAGACACACACAUCCAUGUUGAUUGCCCCAGAAAGACUUCAUUUUUAAGUAAAAGGUAUUUUAUAAAACCAGGUCUCAUUGUGGUGUUCCAAUUAAUUGGAGCUUUUUUGGAAUGCAGAGUAUAGUUCAUACCCAUAAACGAGAUGAUAUUUCAAGGUUUUUUUUGUUUGUUUCUUUCAGUCAUUUUACUUCUCUAUGGAAGGUCUGAAAAUACAGGAUUUUUUCAACUCUCCCCUCACCAGCAUCACCACCCUGUAGGCUGGGUCUCUGAUGGGCCCACAUUUUAAAGUCAGGAUUUCUAUGAGAGAAUACAGCUUUCCCAUAGGGAGGAUAGGGAUCAUAGUGUUCAUGGCCUUUCCAUCAAUGGCACACCCAGCACAAACUGGACAGAGUUCCUUUUUCGUUCAGUGGCCUCUGCCCUGUCACCUCUCCUCCAUUACUUAUUCAGACAAAGACAUUUUGCUGCAGGUGGGUCUAGGUCAGAUCUCUGGACAGGGAAAGGGCAACUUAGAGCCACAGUUCUCUACCAUAUUCUCAGGGUCACAUUUAGAAGCAUGAAAGAGGUCAGGGGCCAGCAUGGUAACUUUAUGUAAAUAGAUUAUAAUGUGCAUAUUGUAUGUGUAUCUUUAAGUUAAAAUAAUAUUGCCAUCCUCCAGGUUUUUAAUCUCUAUUUUCAGCCACAGUUAUUGCACAGUUAACCUGGAACUAAUCUUUUAUCAGUAGUUCCAGUGAACUGGAAACCCUUCCAGGUGGCAUACAGCGGUUCUCAACCUGUGGGUCGCGACCCCUUUGGCAGUCGAACAACCCUUUCACAGGGGUCACCUAAGACCAUUCUGCAUAUCAGAUAGUUACAUUAUGAUUCAUAACAGUAGCAACAUUACAGUUAUGAAGUAGCAACAAAAAUAAUUUUAUGGUUAGGUCACAACAUGAGGAACUGUAUUUAAAGGGCCAGAAAGUUGAGAACCACUGCGAGUCUCAUUCCAGUCUUGGCAAGGCAGCUAACGCCAGCAUGUGAAGCACUUGACUCGUGUGUGUGUGUGUGUGU